AGAGAGAGAGAGAGAAGAGCGCGUGUUUACGUCGGAGUGUGCGACAAAUAAGAGGGGAAAAGGGGUAGCGCUGGGGCUCACAACAGAGCGCGCGACCGCCUGACGCACGCAGACAGAGCGCAGGAGACCCGGAGGAGGAGCAGCCCACUCCAGCGCGGCACGGGAUCUACUUUCCGUCCACUCCCGUCUUUGCACUGAAAGUUUUCCGCGUUGCAGAGAGGAGGGAAGGAGAGAGAGAGAGAAAAUAAGAGGACACCGGCCUUCCAAGUUUUCCACCAAAUUAAAAUAAAAGAAAGAAAAAAAAAGAAAUGCAGAGACCAGGGGGCCAAGGGACGGCGUUUUCAAUCGAUUCCCUGAUCGGGACUCCACAGCCCAGACCGGGACACUUGCUCUACACGGGCUACCCUAUGUUCAUGCCCUACAGACCUUUGGUUAUUCCACAAGCUUUAUCCCACUCGCCUUUAUCGUCUGGUUUACCGCCGCUCGCGCCUUUGGCUUCGUUUGCGGGACGGCUCACCAACACGUUCUGUGCCAGCUUGGGACAGGGGGUUCCGUCCAUGGUGGCGCUCACCACGACGAUGCCAAGCUUCUCGGAUCCUCCGGACAGUUUCUACCCACCGCAAGAACUCCCGGGGCCCCGUUUGAGCGCCGUGGACCCCGCGGCGAGGAGGCAGGGGAGUCCGCACUCUGACGACCUGCACAGCCGGGACAAGGGCUCCGACCUGCUCAACUUCUCGGAAACUUUUCAAACCAUAUCAGGUGACACCAAACUGUACAGCUCGGACGACGAGAAGCUGGACCUGAAGUCCGCGGACGCGGCGUGCAGCGACCGGGAGGACAGCUCCGUGGACAGCGAGAACGAAAGUUUCUCGGACGGCAACAACUGCGGCUCCGCGCUGUCCCAGAAGAGCAAGCUGAAGGCGGGCUCGCAGGAGGCGCUGCCGACCGGCGGCUCGGCGGGGAAGAGCCGCCGGAGACGGACGGCUUUCACCAGCGAGCAGCUGCUCGAGCUGGAGAAGGAGUUUCACUGUAAAAAGUACCUUUCGCUCACCGAGCGCUCGCAGAUCGCGCACGCGCUCAAACUGAGCGAGGUGCAGGUGAAGAUCUGGUUCCAGAACCGCAGGGCCAAGUGGAAACGGAUCAAGGCCGGCAACGUCAACAACCGGUCGGGAGAGCCGGUGAGGAAUCCCAAAAUCGUGGUGCCCAUCCCCGUGCACGUCAACAGGUUCGCGGUGAGGAGUCAGCACCAACAGAUAGAACAAGGGACCAGGCCGUGAACGCGGCGGGGGGGGGGGGGGGGAGAUCGAAAGUAUUCAUCUUUUUUUUUUUUUUAAAUGAAGAAAAAAAAAAAGACACACUUCCAUUGACUCGUUGAACGCAUGACGCACAACACGCGGAGGAUUUGGUUUGUUCUCGCAGAGGUGAGGCUGAGCAGAGAAGGUGUUGCUCGCAGACUGAUCAAUUAUUUGGCAAAACUGCUGUGGUUUUUUUUUUUUAAUUUAUUGCUGUAAAUAUGUGUAUAUAUAAAUGGGUUAAAAAAAAUGGUACAAAUGGGCACUAUGAGAUGAGACUGUAAAGAUUUUUUUUAAGUAUUUAUAUGUUGGGCCAAAACGUUCUGUUGGUUAUGUGCAUGUCCUCAUUUAAUGAAGCGGGGUUUUCGUUCUUGUGUUUCGUACAAUUUGAUGACCACAUUUGCAUGUUAGACGUUUUACAUUUUGUUUUGGCAACUGGAGGAACCAUCCUUGACAGCUAUUUGUGGGGACAAGAAAGAAAAGACGAGAUGUGAAGCAAAUAAUGACCAAACAAAGGACGACUGUAAAGUAUAUUGACCUAAUAAUAAAUCGCUUUAUACGAAAGUUGAAAUCCAGAUUGAAUUAUUAUUGUUUCGA